CCCGCGGGCCGCAGCAGCCAGAGCCGAGCGGCAACUCUCCGGCCCGCGCGUCUGGCUUUCCCGGCUCCUUCCGCACGGCGAGCUCAGCCGCGCUCGAUUUUUCCUUUUCUAUCCCAGCCCUCUCUUGUCUGGGCGAACGCGGCGGCAGGGGGAUGGGGACCCGCGUGGGGAAGGGGGUGAAGAUCGAUGAAGAUUAUUGUUCUUUUUAAGGAUGCCUUAGCUUCCUCCCGCCGCCUCGCCUCCGAGUCUUCUUACUAGAGACCUUGAACCCGAGUCAGGGAUGUAAAGAGAGGGGGGAAAAAACGCCGGGAGCUCCAGCCAGCCGGGGAGACCCUCCUCUCCGUGGAGGGGAGGGGGAUUUCCAGCGACAGAUCAUUGGCGAAGGGAAUCGUCGCAGGGAGAGGAGCCCCGGAGGGAGCGGGGAAUCCCACAGCUCUUUGUGGUGCCCGAACCCAUGUCGCCUGCUGAGAGGGUCUGUGGGAGCUAGUUUUGUCUGUGGAAAUGCCUGUGUCAGAAGGGCACUGCUUCAGCUGACUUGCUCGGCUCUUUCUUUUGAGGACCCUGGCUCUGGGGCUCUGUCCAGUUCAAAAUGGCAGAAAAGGCUCCCCCAGCCUUAAACAGGAAGACUUCCCGGUCCACACUUUCUCUUCCACCUGAACCUGUGGACAUUAUUAGGAGCAAAACAUGCUCCAGGAGAGUUAAAAUCAAUGUGGGGGGCCUCAACCACGAAGUACUGUGGAGAACGUUGGACAGGCUGCCCAGGACAAGGCUGGGGAAGCUUCGGGACUGCAACACACACGAGAGCCUCCUGGAGGUGUGCGAUGACUACAAUCUGAACGAGAACGAGUAUUUCUUUGAUCGACAUCCAGGAGCCUUUACGUCCAUUUUAAAUUUCUACCGGACAGGGAAACUCCACAUGAUGGAAGAAAUGUGUGCCCUCUCUUUUGGCCAAGAGCUUGAUUACUGGGGGAUUGAUGAGAUCUACUUAGAGUCCUGCUGCCAGGCCAGAUACCAUCAAAAGAAAGAGCAAAUGAAUGAAGAACUGAGGCGAGAGGCAGAGACUAUGAGAGAGCGGGAGGGAGAAGAGUUCGAUAACACCUGUUGUCCUGAGAAAAGGAAGAAACUGUGGGACUUGCUGGAGAAACCCAACUCGUCGGUGGCUGCAAAGAUUUUAGCCAUCGUAUCUAUCCUGUUCAUCGUACUCUCCACCAUCGCGCUGUCUCUCAACACGCUUCCGGAGCUUCAGGAAACGGAUGAAUUUGGACAGCCCAACGACAACCCCCAAUUAGCCCAUGUGGAAGCUGUGUGUAUCGCCUGGUUUACCAUGGAGUACCUUUUACGGUUCCUGUCCUCGCCAAAUAAAUGGAAAUUCUUUAAAGGCCCACUAAAUGUCAUUGAUUUGCUGGCCAUCUUGCCAUACUAUGUCACCAUUUUUCUUACGGAGUCCAACAAGAGCGUGCUGCAGUUCCAGAACGUGAGGCGGGUAGUGCAGAUCUUCCGAAUCAUGCGCAUCCUCAGGAUCCUGAAGCUUGCCAGACACUCAACAGGCCUGCAGUCUCUGGGGUUCACCCUCCGACGGAGUUACAAUGAGUUAGGCUUAUUGAUACUCUUUUUAGCUAUGGGGAUAAUGAUUUUUUCCAGCCUGGUAUUUUUUGCUGAGAAGGAUGAAGAUGCUACCAAGUUCACCAGUAUCCCAGCAUCGUUUUGGUGGGCUACCAUCACCAUGACCACUGUAGGCUAUGGUGAUAUUUACCCAAAGACAUUAUUAGGCAAAAUUGUGGGAGGCCUCUGCUGUAUUGCCGGGGUUCUGGUGAUCGCCCUUCCGAUCCCGAUCAUCGUGAACAAUUUCUCUGAGUUUUACAAGGAGCAGAAACGCCAGGAGAAGGCAAUCAAAAGGAGAGAGGCUCUUGAGAGGGCCAAAAGGAACGGAAGCAUCGUUUCUAUGAAUUUAAAAGAUGCCUUUGCUCGAAGUAUGGAACUGAUAGACGUGGCCGUGGACAAGGCAGGAGAGUCAGCCAACACAAAGGACUCGGCUGAUGAUAACCACCUCUCUCCAAGCCGGUGGAAGUGGGCCAGGAAGGCUCUGUCAGAAACGAGCUCCAACAAAUCUUAUGAGAAUAAGUACCAGGAGGUUAGCCAAAAAGACUCCCACGAACAGCUGAACAACACUUCUUCCUCCAGCCCACAGCAUCUGAGUGCCCAGAAACUGGAGAUGCUAUACAAUGAAAUCACAAAGACACAGCCUCACUCUCACACGAACCCAGACUGCCAAGAACAGCCCGAGAGGCCAUCUGCGUAUGAAGAAGAGAUAGAAAUGGAAGAAGUAAUCUGUCCGCAGGAUCAGCUGGCCGUGGCACAGACCGAGGUCAUCGUGGACAUGAAGAGCACCUCCAGCAUCGACAGCUUUACCAGUUGUGCCACCGACUUCACAGAGACUGAGAGAUCGCCCCUGCCACCUCCCUCCGCUUCUCACCUGCAGAUGAAGUUCCCACCGGAUCUCACUGGGAUAGAAGAGCACCAAAGAGGCAGGGGACCCCCAUUUCUAACACUAAUCAGAGAGAAAGGGGCUGCGACCAGGGAUACCGCUCUGGAGUAUGCUCCAUUGAACCUCGAUGCUAGUGGUUCCCAAAGUGGACCUCAUGGCCCUCUGCAGUCUGACAGUGCCUCUGACAGCCCUAAGAGCUCCCUCAAAGGCAGCAACCCACUUAAGUCCCGGUCACUCAAAGUGAACUUUAAGGAAAACAGAGGCAGUGCACCCCAGACUCCGCCCAGCACAGCCAGGCCACUGCCCGUCACCACAGCUGACUUUUCCCUCACCACCCCUCAGCUCAUCAGCACCAUCCUCUUGGAAGAAAACCCCGCCCCAGGAGACAGACCUCUGCUGGGCGCUGAGGUUUCAACACUUUGUCAGGGACCUUCCAAAGGGCUGACCCCUCGGUUCCCCAAGCAGAAACUGUUUCCUUUCUCGAGAGAGAGGAGGAGCUUCACUGAAAUAGACACAGGCGACGAUGAUGAGUUCUUGGAGCUCCAAGGGACAAGUCAGGAAAAGCAGGCAGGCUCCAGCCCAAAUUGCUUUGCAGAUAAGCCUAGUGAUGGAAGAGACCCUUUAAGAGAAGAGGCCUGUGUGGGCUCUUCCCCUCCCCAGGACACCAGUCACAACUGUAGGCAAGACAUUUACCAUGCUGUGGCUGAAGUCAAAAAGGACAACAGCCAAGAAGGUUGCAAAAUGGAAAACCACUUGUUUGCCCCAGAAAUUCAUUCCAACACAGGAGACACAGGUUAUUGCCCCACACGUGAAACCAGCAUGUGACUAGUUAUAAAAGCAAUAAAAAAACAAAACUUGUUUCUUAAAAAUGAGGUUAAUAAUGCCUGUGAAAUAAAACAUGGAAAGCCCCGCCCCCCACAAAAAUUGCAUAAAAUGUUAUUUUUGCAUGGCAUGAACAGUUUAGUCUAAGUACUGUUUAAAUAAAAGUCGAGACUGCAUUUUGUAACAAACAAACAAAAUGACUGAAGAACAGUGAACAAAUAAAGAGAGCUCUAUUAGGAACCAA